AUGUCGGCCCAGGCUCACUACUACACUCACCACACUCGCACACUUCCUCUGCACGUCAUCCAAUACCCAUUCUAUCCAAUGGACCGCCGGUACUACGAUGAGCAUGGGCAGCCGCUCCCAGGAAGCGGCGCGCCCCCGGGCCAGCACUCGCCCGACGACGUCCUCCGGUGGCUCGACUCCCUUUCUGGCCAAGGACAGGCCCCCGACCCCGCCACAGGUUAUGCCCACACCGGGCAGUGGCUCUCCCAGCAGGCAUACGCCCAGAUGCCGCCUCAGCAGCAGUACCAGUACCAGCAAUACCAGCAGCAGCAACAGCAACAGUACCAGCAAUAUAUGCAGCAGCAACAGUACCAACACCAACACCAGCACCAGCACCAGCACCAGUUCCAGCAGGGCUCUUCCUCCGCGCCCGCUCCGGGCGCCCCGGGCCACGGCCAGCCGCAUCCUGGCAUGGCCUACCCGGCGGCCCCCGGCCAACUCGAGCAGAGCUACAGCUACGAGGACUACGAGUACGAGGGCUCGUCGCACGGCUCGCACUCGGAGACGGAGAGCGCGGCCGCCCGCCGCCGCAUCGCGCUCGACCCGAGCCAGCCCUUGACCGUCGACGGCAAGCCGCGCGCGCGCGUCUUCGUCGCCUGCGACCGCUGCCGCACCCGCAAGCUCCGCUGCGACGGCGCCAAGCCCGUGUGCUACCACUGCCAGAAGGCCGGGGCCGAGUGCAAGUACGACCCAACGCCGAAGCGGCGCGGGCAGGACAAGGCCCCGCGCACGCGCUCCGCGGUGGGCACGCGCAGGCCGCGUCGCCCGGCCGUGAAGAAGGACGAGGCGGGCGGGAGCCAGAGCCAGCAAGGCUCCACCGCAGAGCGCCGCUGA